AUGAGUACGAGCCAGAAGAAGGAUGCCAGAAAAGGCAGAAACAAGAAGAAGAACGUGGCCACCGUACCCAUUGUGAAGCCUUCUGCUGACCCUUAUGCAAACCUGGUGCCAGCAGAUUUGUACGACCUGGAUAAUUCAGAAGACGAGUUUGAAAGGAAAGAAGCAAUGAUGAUGCGCCAGGCUCUCAAAGAAGAGGCCCGCAGACAAGCAAUGAGGGAGCAGACCACAUUUGUUGGAAAAGCCCAGGAGGAAAAAACAGAGGCAUUUCCACCUUUGAGCCACCAGAAGACCUCAAAUUUUCAAGAGAUAACCAAACAGGUGGAUUGUCAGCCAGCCUCCAAAACAGGGUCUCCUCCACAGCAGGAGGAACCCUUAAGACAAACUGGGCCAGGACAAAAAGAAGGCAGUGUCCAAAGCUUUAGCCAGGCACUCACCCAGAUCCCUGAGCCUAAAUGGACCAGAAUCAAGAGACAUGUAGGCCCAGGACAAAAAGAAGGCAGUGUCAAAGGUUUUAGCCAGGCACUCACCCAGAUCCCUGAGCCUAAAUGUCUCAGAAUCAAGGGUAAGGUUGAAGUGGUGAGCAGACAGGAAGGAGAAAGGGCAGCCUUACUUCAUGAAGUGGAGCUUCUGAAAAAGCAGCUCAGAACCCAGGAAGAGAAGGCGGAUUCUGAAAAGGCUCAACUGCUUGCUGAGGUUUCAAACCAGCAGCAGUCAGCAAAGGAAGCAGUCCUGGAAAUGGAAAAAUUGAAGGAGGACUGUGAAAAAGAAAGGCAAAAGCGGAGAGAGAUGGAAGAACAGUUGGCCAGGCAGACAGACAUGAAUUCCACACUGCAGGCUGAUAUGUCCCAUGCCAUCAAGGACAUGCAGGCCCAGAUAGAGCAAGCAAGAUCAGAUUUUCUGUCUUACAAAGAGGAAUGUGUCAGAUUGAGGGCUGCACAAGAGCAGAGUGAAGAAAACCAUAGAAUCCAGAAGCAGCAGUGGGAGCAAGAAAAAUCCUCUCUUCUCUCACACAAAGAGGAAUCGGACAGAUUAAAGGCUGCACUAGAGCAGGUCCAAGAAGACCAUGAGAUCCAGAGGCAGCAAUGGGAGCAAGAGAAAUCAUCUCUUCUCUCAUACAAAAAGGAAUCGGACGGAUUAAAGGCUGCUCUAGAGCAGGCCCAAGAAGACCAGAGGUGCCAACAGGAGAAGGAGAGACAGCUUUUCCUUACUGGGCACCAACAACUGGAUCAGCUUAAACACCAGUGGGAGGAGCAUAAGAUUCGUGUCCAGAAUGCACACAAGGAGGAAAUUAGCUUCCUGAGGGCAGUCCUCGGGCAGACUAAAGAGGACCUAUCCAAGCAGACACAUCAAAGGGAAGAGUUAAGGUCACAGCUCCUUGCGGAGCAGGAGAAAUCUUUCACUUUGGAGGCUUCACUACACCAGGCCAGUAUGGAUCUGCAGAAGCACAAGCUCCAAUGGCAGGAAGCCACUCUGCUGGAGUCCAUCAGUGUCAUCAGAUCCUCAACAGCUCAAGCCAUAAUGGACGGUCAAGUAGAGACCAAGGAGGUCCCAGCGACAAAGGUUCCAGGGAAAAAUGCAUAUUAA